GCCCGUGCCUGCAGAGCGAAUUGGUGCGGGCGCGUUGCUUGAUGGAAAACGGGUGUCCAUUGCUUGGCGUUGUAGUUGCAUGUGGCUGCGGACAGCCAAGUCUCGAGCCUGGAUGCGAGAAUGUCACCGUUUCGAUUCCAAGUUGGGCACGUCUGAUGCGGUGGAUAUCGCAAGCCGGACGUGCGAGCGACCCUGGGUGCGUCUGGGCGCUAUGAGCACGACGGGCAGGGCACGGAAGACUUCGGGCGCAAAUCAUGGCCUUUGCCUGCUGUGCGUGGUGCAAGCCAGCUCCAUACAACAAACGCGGCAAGUCCUAAACAUGCUGCUAUGGCCACCUUUACUCGUUCUGUUUGUCGUGGAGCGGGUGGUCGAUGCAUGGGAUGUGAAUGGGGCCUGGCAGCUUUGCAUCGGCAUGGUUUGUCGAAGUCGACCCCUCGACGUCUCCAGCGAUCCGGAUCGUUGUUCGGAGUUCGACAGGCGAAAGUUUGCCGUCGGCUCCGGCGCGCUUUGCCUCAGUCAGGGGAGCUGCAAGCGGAAAUGUUCGGAACGUGCUGAUUGUCACCAUGUGCAAACGUACGUAAACGAAGAGGUAUGCUACUUGAAGCCUCUUGCUUGCGAAGCGGAAGAUCAUUGGUAUGCAGAUCAGGAGUAUUUUGCCUUUGUCAAGUCAGAACGGACCGUGGGCUGCCCCGAGCAACCGCUUUCCAUUCCUCCGAGCACCUUGGCGACCACGGCCGCCCCCGUGAUGAAGCCGGAUGGAGAAGAGCUGGCACCCGACUCUGCGCGGGCCCGGGCACAGCGUGUGCUCGGCCUAUUGCUGCUCGGGCCGGCCGGUGAGGCCCGGCAGGAGCACAGCGCAACCAGGCACGGUGGUGUGUGCGAGCCAUUGCUGGGGCACCACAUGCGCUUUCGGACCAACGGUUUCACGGGCGACUCGGCGCGAGAGUGUUAUCUGCAUGACGUCCGGCGAGCGACGUGUGAGGGUCGCUCGGGAUGGCCGUCAACCAAGCUCCUGCAUGCGGCUUGCGAGGGCAGCACCGUACGGGAGGCCGGACGCAGUGAGGGCGACAGCACGUGA